GACUUUUUAGUUAUAUCACAUUUACAUCAACUCAAUCAAUCAAUGAAGACUGCUACUUUCAGUGUGCUGAUUACUCUCAGUGCACUGCUCCCUCUACUGACUGCUCAGGGAGUGGACUUGACUUUGCAAAGAGAAGCAUCCGGGUCCGAUGUUGUCAGAGCAGCAGUGAAUAGAAUCCAAACUGUGCUCGAUUUUGAUCGACAAUUUCUAAGGCGAAUUGCUUUUGUUGAAUCAAGAGAUGGAACUGACACGGAUACGUAUCGACCUGGCUACAAUGGAGGGAUAUGGCAGGUGGAUGAAGAUAAAUUUUUAACCACUCAAGCAAAUAGUGCACUGAAUGUUGAGAGACAUGACGCCAUAAGAGAGGCGUUUGACAUUGAUUGGCCGAGUGUGCAGUGGAGGGAUUUGAGGAUUCCCCUCUAUUCGGGAAUAGCAGCGAGACUGUUUCUGUUGAACAUUUCUGAUACAGAAUCUAUUCCGUGUGAUGUACCAGGACAGGCUGCUUACUACAACCGAGUCUACUGUGGCUUGACAUCUAACGAAACGGAGCAGGAAUUUAUCGAAAAUGUUAACACCUUGACGAACAGAAACCCCUGUCGAGUUAACAGUGACAUUGUGAUGGUCCUGGAUGAAUCAGGCAGUAUUGGGUCGGCCAACUUUAACCGGGUGAGAGAAUUUGUUGUUCAAUAUGUGGACAGUUUGCAAAUCGGACCAAAUGACAAUCGAGUAGGUGUGAUCACAUUUGGCACUACUGCCCGGCAGCAGUUUAAUCUAGACACCCACAGCACUGCUACAUCCUUGAGAAAUGCUGUGGUAAAUCUUCAAUAUAGUGAAGGAGGUACCAACAUACCAGAUGCUCUCUGUCGACUUCGGCAAGUUUAUUCAGACGAUGCUCGUACAGAUCCCGGUGUGUUUAGAGUGGCCAUGGUCUUAACUGAUGGGCAGUCUACAAUAAACACUAACGACUGUGGCUAUUCAUCAGUUGCUGAAGCUGCGGCUGCUUUGAGGGCUGCCUCUCCACUUAUUAACGUGUUUGCAAUCGGAGUCGGGUCAAAUGUUCUGAGAAGAGAUUUGGUAGCCAUUGCCAGUGAAGAGCAGUAUAUUUUCAGUUCUGCUGACUUCUCACAGUUGUCGUGUGUUCAGAGUGUUCAAGAAGAACAGAUCUGCAACACACUCACAACAACUGUGCUACGGAACGCCACCAACAGUGGGGAACUGGAUCGUGAUGAGGUCAUACGCUGGCAAUUCACUAUUCCUGGAUGUGGCGUGUCAUUUAAUCUCACCGUACAAGAAGGGGAUGUCAUUUUGUACGCGUCAACAGAAACCACAGCACCAAAUGAGGCCAUUUAUCAAUGGAGAAUUGAAGUUUCGACCUCUUCUAAUUCUUUUGAGGUCAUAAACAUUAUUCCUUCAUUGGGGGACAAUGCUGUCAACUGCAGUUCUGUUACUAAUGUCACUGUGUUUACAACUAUUGUCGGUAUAAACGUUACCAACAUGUUCACUGUAUCUACUGAUGAUGAUCUUGGUGAAACCAGCACGGACACUACUACUGUCGACAAUGAUUUUGAAAUACCAGUGCUAGUCAUCAUCAAUUUUGCCGCUGUCAUAGUGGUACCAAUUAUCGUGGUGAUCCUGCUCAGCGUAUGCUGUUGCAUUGUGAUAAUAGUUGUUGUGUGUGGAGUGAGGGAUCGUAAGAAAAAGUACCACUACAAACACUCGGAUGCUGAAACAAGUCCAAAAAAUUAGCCUGAACUGACUUAUAAUUAAUUAAGCUGACUGUCUCAUUAUUUAUUACACACUAAUCAUUAGCUUUAGUAAUAUUAAUGUUGGUUAUAUAGGUAGAUUGGGUAGACUUGUAAAUUUCAUAUCAAGUUCAACAUCCCUCUGAUCAUUAUUUUAUUGAGCAUGCAAGAAGGACCACUCA